AUGAGGGAGAAAAAAGACAUGGCAUUUUCAGAGACCUCGCCUCUACUCGAGGUUCAUGUUGCACCGCGACGUCCGCGAUACCCGCACUAUGCCGUUCGCCAAAUUUGUACAUAUUUACUUGGCGCUUUGCUGGUGAUUGUCGUCAUACUGUUCUUGAUCCCGUCCGCAGUUCUCCCCCGCGAACAUGGCUCUAUUUGGUCCUACUUUCCAGGCGCCAACCCAUUUCCUCAUGCCGAUUGGCCUCAGGGUAAUGGGUUAUCGCUGGAUCAGCUUGAGCGGAUUCUUCUGGACACCCCUUCUGCGGCAAAGACCCGUGAAUGGAGCGAGUACUAUACCGCUGGUCCUCACUUGGCUGGCAAGAACCUCAGCCAGGCCCUCUGGACAAUGCAAAAGUGGAAGGAAUUUGGCAUUGAGGAUACCAGCCUUGCAUCUUACGAUGUUUACCUGAAUUACCCGCUCAGUCAUCGGCUGGCUCUCUUGAAGCAGUCGAAGCAUGACACCGAAGUCACAUUUGAAGCAACAUUGGAAGAGGAUGUGUUGGCCGAGGAUCCUACUUCAAGCCUGCCCGAUCGGGUGCCCGUAUUCCAUGGUUAUUCGGCCAGUGGUAAUGUCACUGCUCAGUUUGUGUUUGCCAACUUCGGCACCUACUGGGAUUUCGAGGAUUUGGUGAAUGCCAACGUGACCUUGGAGGGCAAGAUCGCUAUCGUGAAGUAUGGCCGAAACUUCCGGGGCUUGAAGGUUAAGCGAGCCCAGGAACUGGGUAUGGUGGGUGUUUUGAUCUACGAUGAUCCUCAACAGGAUGGCGAGAUCACCGAGGAGAACGGGUACGAAGCUUAUCCUAACGGCCCAGCCCGCAACCCGAGUGCUAUUCAGAGAGGUAGUACGCAAUUCUUGAGUAUCGCUCCUGGAGAUCCCACCACGCCGGGCUAUCCGUCAAAACCUGAUUGCGAACGUCAGGAUCCCCAAGGCUUUAUUCCAUCUAUUCCGUCGCUUCCGAUCUCUUACAAGGAAGUUGUUCCCUUUUUGAAGGCACUGAAUGGACAUGGGCCCCGGGCCACAGACUUUAACGAGUAUUGGCAAGGGGGCGCUCUCGGCCACAAGGGCGUCGAGUACAACAUCGGACCAUCUCCGGAAGGUGUCGUCAUCAACCUCGACAACCAGCAGCAGUAUGUCACCACCCCCUUGUGGAACGUUAUUGGAGUUUUGAAAGGUACCAUUCCCGAUGAGGUGGUGAUCCUUGGAAACCACCGCGAUGCAUGGAUCGCUGGUGGAGCUGGAGACCCCAACAGCGGCUCUGCCGCCAUGAAUGAGGUAAUUCGCAGCUUUGGCGAGGCCCUCAAAGCCGGCUGGAAGCCACUGCGCACCAUUGUCUUUGCCAGCUGGGAUGGUGAAGAAUACGGGCUGCUCGGGUCGACCGAAUGGGUGGAGGAGAAUCUGCCAUGGCUUUCCAAGGCCACCGUCGCCUAUCUCAAUGUUGAUGUGGCUGCUUCUGGUACCGACUUUGGCCCUGCAGCGGCGCCCUUAUUGAAUCAGGUUCUAUAUGAUGUGGCCAGCCUAGUAUCGCAUCCCAACCAGACCAUUCCUGGUCAAACCGUUCGUGACGUCUGGGAUGGUCGCAUUCACACCAUGGGCAGUGGCAGUGACUUUACGGCCUUUCAAGAUUUUGCAGGAGUUCCGUGUCUGAAUUUUGGAUUCGACCGUGGCAAGAAUGACCCUGUUUACCACUACCACUCCAACUACGAUAGUUUUGCGUGGAUGGAGAAGUUUGGAGACCGCAACUGGUCUUAUCACCUCGCCACGACCAAGCUCUGGGCGCUCGCCGCCGCUCGGCUGGUGGAAACGCCGGUCAUCGCCUUUAGUGCCAGUGACUACGCCGACGGACUCGACGCUUACCUGAAACAGAUCGAGUCGGGUGCCAAGAAGUUGCCCACGGAUGUCCAGUUUGACCUUGACAAUUUGAAGCGGGAGAUCUCCAACUUUCAAGCGGCCGCGAACGCAUUCGACGCGUACACCGCCGCGUUGGCCGCGGACCUGGGCGAGGAAGUGCCGUGGUACCAGUGGUGGAAGAAGGUUCGGCUGUAUUUCUUGAUCCGCGGCGCCAACGACAAGUAUAAGAACAUCGAGCGUGCCUUCCUGUAUCAGCCUGGACUGGACGGACGCAACUGGUUCAAGCACGUGGUCUUUGCCCCCGGUGUGUGGACUGGUUACUCUGGGGCCACCUACCCGGGGCUGGUGGAGAGUUUCGAUGCCGGGGAUGUGGAAAAUGCCAAGCCAGAGUUGAUUGAGUAUGUGGGGGUGCAAAAGACCGAGGUUGCCAAGUGGGUGGGCAUCUCCUCCGCGGUCGCAUCAGUUUGUCAGGCCAUCAUGGCCGUGCCAUGGGGGACUUUGUCCGACCACGUGGGCCGCAAACCGGUGAUCUUGUUUGGAUUGGCCUGUACCAUGGUGAUCUCCAUCAUGCUGGGGAUGUCACAAACGCUGGCCAUGGUGAUCAUUUCACGAUCCCUGUUUGGCCUGAUGAACGGCAACGUGGGCAUCUUGCGCACAAUGGUAGCCGAGAUCGUACCGCAACGAGAGCUCCAGCCCCGUGCAUUCAGUCUGAUGCCGCUGGUCUGGACGAUUGGCAGUAUCUUCGGGCCUGCCUUCGGUGGUGCAUUGGCGCGCCCGGCCGAGAAGCACCCUGAUCUGUUCGGAGGCAUUCAAUUUUUCGAACGGUAUCCAUUCGCUCUGCCUAAUCUGGCCUCUGCGUGCUUUUUCCUCGUCGGAAUCACGACGGGGUUCCUCUUCCUUGAGGAGACACUCGAGGCCAAGAAGGGCCAGUAUGACCCUGGUCUGGCGUUGGGCAAGGCAUUGACGAGCCCUUGUACUACACGCAGGCGACACAGGAAUGGAUUCCAGGGGCUCGACGAAGAACGCACCGCGCUGUUACCGAACGAUGAGACCCUGACUCACAAGAAGACCACAAAGAAUGCUCGACCACGCUGGUCAGAUAUCUUCACGCCGCAGACCAGUCUGGUUCUCUUAUCUUAUACUCUCAUCUCGGGACUCGGCAUGUCCUUCGAUUCGGUCCUUCCCGUAUUCUUGCACUACCCCGUUCAGGAUCUGCAGAAUGAUCCAAAUGUCCAGCUGCCCUUGAAAUUUGCCAGUGGGUUCGGUGUUGACGCCCCUCAGAUCGGCCUUUUCUACACGAUUAUCGGCAUCAUCGGGAUGGUCAUCCAAUUCAUGUUCUUCCCGCCCGUCGCCAAGCGCUAUGGAGUUCUGAAAUGCUUCAAGGUCGCCGCCGUUCUCCUGCCCGCCGUUUUCUUCAUCACACCUUUCACCGCACUUGCCCCCGAGCGGCUUCGAAUCCCCUUGGUUCUCAUCGUCAUGCUUAUCAAGCUUGGUGCAACUAUCUUUGGUAUUCCUUGCUGUACGAUCCUGCUCACCAACUCCGCCUCUAGCAUGUCCGUCCUGGGCACCUUGAACGGAGUCGGGACCAGUCUCAGUGCCCUGGGUCGUGCUGCGGGCCCUGCUUUGAUCGGCGCGGCCUUUUCUUGGGGCAUCAAGCAGGGGUACGUCAUUCUUCCGUGGUGGCUUCUCGGUACCAUUGGAAUGACCAGCGUGAUUCCUGCGUUCUGGAUCGUCGAGCAGGACGGGCCGUAUCGGGAGCAAAACAAGGAGGAGGAGCAGCAGGAGCAGCAGGAAGAGCAGUCCUCCUCCGCCCACCUCCCCACCAACUCCGCCAUCAUCCUCUCCCUCCUCACCUCCCUCGGCGGCGCCAUCGGCUUCGCCCGCACAGGCUCCAUCCCCUCUAUCGUCGCGGGCCUCUCCGUCGGUGCGCUCUAUCUCUUCAGCUACAUGCGUCUGCGCGCAGGCCAGUCCUACGGUGAGGAGAUCGGUCUGCUUGCCUCUACCGUGUUGGGUGGGAGUUCGAUCCCGCGCGCGAUUCGGUCCAUGAAGCCGGUUCCUAUGGGAUUGAGUGUGUUGGCGACGUAUGGGGUGGUUGUUUUCGGGCUGGCAAUGAGGGAGAAGAGGAGUGUUUGA